CAAGGCACAGAAACACUUCAAAAUUGUGUCACAUUUUCCGUCAGAAAGUCAUCAUUCACAAAAUCAUCCCAAUACGCAAAUAAUACGCGAAAUCUUUGUUGUUCUGAGUUUUAUGUUAAGAAAAUGGUUGACCCAAUAUUUGAUUACCAAUUUAGACUUAUUCUAAUCGGUGACAGUACUGUGGGCAAGAGUUCAUUGCUGAAAUACUUUACAGAUGGAAAAUUCGCAGAGCUAUCCGAUCCAACUGUGGGCGUUGAUUUUUUCGCAAGGAUCAUAGAAGUACAGGAUGGUACAAGAAUUAAAUUGCAACUAUGGGACACAGCUGGUCAGGAGAGGUUUAGGUCUAUAACUAAAUCUUACUACAGAAAUUCGGUCGGAGCUCUCCUCGUGUACGACGUGUGUAAUCGAUCGAGUUUUGAACAUAUACCUCUUUGGAUGAUGGAAGCGAAAAGACAUAUAGAACCACACCGGCCAGUAUUUGCUCUGGUUGGCUGUAAAGUGGACCUCGUUGGUAGUGAUAACAAAAACGGUGCAAGAAGAGAAGUGUCCUGUGAGGAGGCUAGAAUGUUUGCCGAAGAAAAUGGCUUACACCAUGUGGAGACAUCAGCAAAAACAGGAUUAAAUGUUGAACAAGCAUUUAUUCUCGUCGCUCAAGAAGUUUACAAUCGCAUACAGACAGGAGAAUACAAGGUAGAAGAUGGUUGGGAUGGCAUCAAGACGGGCUUCAAUAGACCUAACGGUAUGGACUUUAACCUGCUUGAAGCGGAAACAGUUCAGUCUACCUGCUGUUAGACAAAUAUUAUAUUUAGAUGUAAAUAUGGACUCAUAUUAGAUUUAUAAUAACAUAAGUAUAACUUUAUUAAAUAUGUAAAUGGCACAUCUUCUCGAUGCUGGGUCCUCAAGUAAUAUUUCUGGAAGUAUGUUUAAAUAGAUCUGCCCUUCUUAAUAAACACUUAAUACACCUCCAUGUAAUUUUACUUACUUUUACAUAUGAAUUGAUAGACAUAUUCUGAAUCUAACAUUAUAAUAGUGCCAAUAAAUAAUAUAUAGUAUUUCUUUUCAGAAUGCUAUUUGUCUGUAAAUAAAAAUAUUCUUAUUUUAUUUUUCUUUUAUGUUAAUGCCAAAUGUUCUUUUGUUUUCUUUAUAUUUAUAUAUAUGAUUCCAAUCAAUUUGUCUUGAUAUUUUUGUUUUUGCCAUUUUUGUUUCAACUUCAUAACAUCACAAUUUUAUAUAAUUCAGUUAAUAAACACAAAUUAACCAAAGAGUUGGAUUUGGUAUCUGAAUCUGUUCAAAAAGUUAUUUUAGUUUUAAAUUAUUUUAGUGACAAUACUAACAAUGAACUACACAUGGAGUAGUUGAAGUUUUGUACCUGCGAUAACAAUUUAUGUUGAGGAUAGACAUAUUUAUUAGUUUAAAAUAUACAUUUGUAUAAUAUUUAAUAAUUAAACGACCAGAUGUUUAUAAAAAAUGCAUAAAUAUUUCAAAAACCUUAUAUUGGGAAGAUAAUCACUCUACUACAAUCUAAAAUAAUAAUUAAUUAGACUAUACAGUGUAUUGUGUAGUAUAAACUUUGUGGCUCGAUUACAUCAGUAAUUCAAUUAGUCACAAGUUAGAUAUUCAAUAUUUAAUCUGGCUUAGUCUUAAGGCUGAUUUUUGAAUUGCAAGUUUGUAACUUUUAUAUGAAGACAUUUUGAUGGGUUUCGCAUAGAAAUUUAAUCAAAAUGACCAUUUAAUUCUUACUAUAAAAGUUAAUAUAAAAGUCAGGAAAUGGUAAAUAAAAAUGUCUAUUCUCAGUAUAACACAUAUUAUUGAUAGUUUUUGUAAGAAUUAUAGUCCCUUAUAUGAUUAAAAUAAGAGUAAAUUGAACUAACAAUUGGGAAUUAUAUAUUAUGUUAUCGAGGACACAUUAUUACAAACAUUAAAAUUCAACAGUUGAUCUGUUGCAUCAUGUGCCUUUGUGGAAUGCAAGAUAUAUAAUGGGUCAAGUAAAAUAUUAUAAUUAGUUUGUUUAAUGAUAAAAAAUGUUUGGAUUAAUUUGGCACAGGUUAUAUUAAUGUAUUGUAAAUUUAAUUAUAAUGAUAAUUUAAAUACAUAACAUGGCUUAAUUCAUUGCUCAUUACAGUAAUAUUUGUAAUAUUGAUAGAGUAAUUUUAAAUAAUAAUCUUAUUUUGCCGAAAAGUUUGGGACACUGAUAAUGCAGAAAAUAUGUGCCGUCCAGAGUCUCGGGCAUUAUAAAACACGAGAUGCGAAAAUUGAAUUUUAUUUAUCUAAAAAUAUGUAAAAAGUAAUUCCGCUAUAUAAGUCUUCACUGUAACAACAAGAGUUAAUUAACAAUACAUUAGUAUUUGUUUUUUUAUUAAUAUGUUUUUUUACAUAUUUAAGGGGAAUAAGUAUGUGUGCAUUGUAAAGUUAGAGACCUAUGUGCAACAAGUGUGAAAGUAAAAUACGUAAAUAUGAACGCAACACACAAUGACUUUAUCACAUUAUGUAUGUGACAAGUAGGUCUUAAAUUAUAAUUAAUAAAACACAAAUAAUGUAUGUCACAGGUUUAUUUAAUAAUGCAAUUAUCUCGUCAUAGCGCUGUUAUUAUACGCUUUUAUAAAUGAAAAUAAAUGUUUUGUUAAUUAUUA